AUGCUUCUCCCCCAAUUGAGGAUGCGGGCGAAUGCCUCUAUUCUCACCUCGAGAAGAAGCUCAAAAUAUAUCCGUUCCCUCUCAACAACUUUACCUCUUCGAGCCUCUCAAAAUGACGAACCCAAGCUCAAUAAAAUCUCCGCCAACAUCACCCAACCAAAAUCACAAGGAGCUUCCCAAGCUAUGUUAUACGCAACUGGCAUGACUGAAGAAGGGUUAAAUAAAGCACAGGUGGGUAUAUCGUCAGUAUGGUAUACAGGAAACCCUUGCAAUAUGCACCUGUUGGAUCUCAACCACAAAGUCAAGGAAGGCGUUGAGAGAGCAGGUCUGAUUGGAUAUCAAUUCAACACUGUUGGUGUAUCUGAUGGCAUGUCCAUGGGUACGAAGGGUAUGAGAUACAGUCUGCAAUCAAGAGAUCUGAUUGCAGAUAGUAUUGAGACGGUCAUGGGCGGUCAAUGGUAUGAUGCCAAUAUUUCAAUCCCAGGUUGUGACAAGAAUAUGCCUGGUGUGAUGAUGGCUAUGGGGCGAGUGAACAGACCUUCCCUAAUGGUUUACGGAGGAAGCAUCAAGCCCGGUUGCUCCAAGACGCAGAACAAUGCUGACAUAGAUAUUGUCUCUGCGUUCCAAGCUUACGGUCAGUUUAUCAGUGGGGAGAUUACAGAGGAAAUGCGUUUCGAUAUCAUCCGUCACUCUUGCCCUGGUCAAGGAGCUUGUGGAGGAAUGUAUACUGCCAACACGAUGGCUACAGCUAUUGAAGUCAUGGGAAUGUCGCUUCCUGGCUCAUCCACCAACCCUGCCGACUCCAAGGCGAAAUACCUCGAAUGUCUCGCAGCUGGUGGAGCCAUCAAGAAGCUCCUGCAAGAAGAUAUCAAGCCCCGUGAUAUCAUGACCCGAGAAGCGUUUGAGAAUGCCAUGGUCCUCGUCAACAUCACUGGAGGCUCUACAAAUGCCGUUCUGCAUCUUAUCGCCAUUGCCGACAGCGUAGGCAUCAAACUCACUAUUGACGACUUCCAAGCCGUCUCGGAUCGUACUCCUUUGCUGGCAGAUCUCAAACCAUCUGGCAAAUGGGUAAUGAACGACCUCUACAACAUCGGUGGCACACCUGCUCUCCUGAAACUGCUUGUGAAAGAAGGCGUCAUCAGCGGUUCAGGCAUGACUGUCACUGGACAAACCCUCGCCAAGAACGUCGAAUCAGCCCCAGAUUUCCCCUCCGAUCAAACCAUCAUCCGUCCCUUCUCCGAACCCCUCAAAUCCACUGGCCACAUCCAAAUCCUCCGCGGCUCGCUCGCACCAGGUGGCAGCGUAGGCAAAAUCACAGGUAAAGAGGGCCUGAGGUUUGAGGGCAAGGCAAAGUGCUACGACGCCGAAGAUCUCUUCAUCGAAGCCCUGGAACGAGGCGAGAUCAAAAAGGGCGAGAAGACCGUCGUCGUUAUCCGUUACGAGGGACCUAAAGGCGGACCCGGCAUGCCUGAGAUGUUAAAGCCCUCUUCCGCCAUCAUGGGCGCGGGACUCGGCAAGGACGUAGCACUCAUCACGGACGGCCGAUUCUCUGGGGGUUCGCACGGCUUCUUGAUCGGACACAUUGUGCCUGAAGCACAGGAAGGAGGACCGAUUGGCCUGGUCAGGGAUGGCGAUACUGUUAUUAUUGAUGCGGAGAACCGCGUGUUGGAUCUGGUGGUGCCGGAGAGCGAGCUGGUAGAAAGGAGGAAGGAGUUUGUGGCGCCGGAGCUGAAGUAUAAGAAAGGGACGUUGGCCAAGUACGCGAGGAAUGUCAGUGAUGCUAGUCAUGGGUGUAUUACUGAUGGGGAGAUAUGA